GUGAUCCAAAACAGAAGUUUUCAUUGUUAUGAUACAGCGAGAUGAGAUGCGAUCGGGAAUAACACAUUGGAUAUCAUCGAUAACGCCAAAGGAAUAAAGCUCGAAACUGAUUGGAUAUUGUUGAACAUAAAUAAACAUCAUCGAAGAACCCAGCUAUGUUCUGCAGGAGUCGGAGUCUGCGUCUUCCGCGUAUCUAUUUUCAACCGUUUCUCGUGUGCGCAUGCGCACUUAUUUCCGAAACGUAUUGCACGCAUUCACGCACGCUUAGUAAACGCCAGAAGCCACGGUAAAAGCUAACCGAGAAAAGCAUCGCCGAAUGCUUUCACGAUCUACGAAGGUAUUGGUGGGGUUGAGCUUACAUCCUAACGGAAAUAUGUUAAUGCCGGCGCUGCGGCCGAAAAUAACUACACAAAGUGCAAUACUUUCUCCGUAGCUUCUUUAACCGUCUUACUGAAUUCUGUACUGCUAGUGUCGACGUCUUCCGGAAAUCCGAAAGUAAAACAAGAGAUUUGAACCUAAAAUUAAACGUGAAGAUCGUCAUCGAAUGGUCUGACUUUAUAGAUUUUUUGUAAAUUUGAAUCAAAAAUAAUUUUUGUUACAAACUUUCAAAGCUUACUACGUUCCGCGCAACCUUUUGCGCGAAGUGCUUCUAUGCGAGAGUCCAGGGCGCUACCGAACGUUCCUGAGUAAUUGGAUCUAAGCCAGGGAUGUCAGUCUGGUACAGGGAAACGCGUAGCUCUCAUCUCGCGAUAAGAUCUCUUUGAUUUUUUACCUGCUAUCAUCUUGGACUGGUACUUAAUAAAGAUGUGAAUGAUAACUGUGUUUAGGUAGAAGUGCGUUUUCUUGUGGUAGAGAGUGAGGUGUCUUCAGGAUAUUUUUCACAGUUUCCGGAUGCUGACUAAUUUUGGGAACAGAGAAGACAGUGAGACAGUGUGAAAUGGCCCAGUGUAUCUAGUCAUGCGCUAUUGCGUGAUACCUGAAGGAAUUUCAAAUGGCUGAAAAGAUAAGUCCACCUGGUGAACUUGAGGAUUCUGCGAUUGCGAGUUCAUCCGUUAGCAAGGAUGGACCAACUAGCGUUAAAAGACGCGAAUCUGAAGAUGCUGGGAAUCGGCAGGAAAAAGUUAAUCGUAGAACAGCUGAUACGUCUUCUCCUGGAGAUUCCUGUAAAGAGAAGAGAAAAACUCGUCGUGAUAAGGUCGACACAGGUCAGCUACCAACACCACCCCCAGAUCCAAUACCUGAAGGAAAUAUCUUUGAGGAAGCUUUCUCGAAACAUAAAGCUCAUCUGGAAGCAGAAGCGCUCCAAAAAGAGGGAGAGUUUCUUGAUUAUCUCAUGGGAUUGCCUACUCCGGGAGAAGGGCAUCCAGUUUCCUUAUCCAGAUCUGCGUCAGCAUUCGCAGCAUCUCUGGGCGCUGAAGAUGCUUUCGAUCACUUAGAUCGAUUGUAUAUACUCAUGGAACAGGUUUUAAAUCUUCGCGAACAAAAUGCGAAGCUCUCGAGACGUGUCAGAGAGCUUGAAAGAUUGAGAGCGCUCACGACUGCUCAUAGGGAUGCUGAGAAAGCACUUUUAUCUGGAGAAGAUCCUGUUAUACCUGAGGAGGAUGCUGGGUUCGCUGAGUCCUUACUAGGUGCUAUGCUCUCAGCUGGUCCAGAUGUUCCACAAAGACGUAACUUUCGACCACCGGUCCAACGCCAGAGGAGCGAUUCCGUCGGCGUCGAUCAACCUGUCUUUGGUAGUCCAGAUUCAUCACGUAUUUUCACUCAUCAAAUCUCCAGGAAGCAACGUGACAGCCUAGUGCAUGGAGCGCCGAAGGUGUCAAAGUGGAAAAAAGUGAAAGCUGCCUUUAAAUGGGAAAGAGCUUAUACCGGUGGUACUGGAGAUUCUGAUGUCAUCAGAUACCUCAGGGUACCGGAAAAUAUAGAAACCUGCCUUACUUCCGGUUCAUCUCAUCGUACUUCAGAAAUGUCUGUACCGCCUACUCCUGGUACACUGUCAUCUUCUUCUUCUACGGAAGACGUAUCACCUGGUGUACAGAAAAGCGUCUCAAACCAUUCCGGUCAACUAUCAUCACGAGUUCAGAAUGACGUCAGAGAUGAGGAUUCGAGUCGCAGAAGUCGUUCCCUUGACGGCGACCUGGCAAUGUCCCACAGCAGUGCAUUUAAUAAUCGCUUUGUUAAGGACGGUACCAGUGGUAAUAGAAAAAGUGAUAAGGGAUGCAAGACUCCAUGGGGAAAAGUAAAGGAUAUGAUUAACUUACGUCGUGAAAGUAUACGACGACAUCCGGUACGUGGUAGCUUCCGUAGUGAAGACGGUUAUUCAAUUUCCAGCUUUGAAUCCUCGGAAAUUCUACAGGAGGCGGAAUGCAGCAGACCACGUAUUCAUGUGACUUCAGAAAGUCCUACCUUAUCGUUAAAACCAUCGACUCCUGGUGGUGAAGUUGUGGACCUUGCUGCAAGGAGGUUAACGCCAACCCUGACGAUUACAGUGCCAUCUAGAGAAGAACUACGAAGUAUAUCAUCCCCAGAAUCGACAUCGCCACUGUUUACCCUUUUACCAGAUUCUGCUGAAGAUCGUUCUACCUCGGAGGAAUAUGAAAUUUCUAGAAGUAUAUCAACUGGUACAACUCCUGUAUCAUCUAGUUCACGUUAUACAGUAACAAAGUCAAAAACCUGUCAGGAUGUACCAGAAUACAAAAGACAGCGAUCAGGAAGAGCUCAAUCUUUGGCAUCGUCCCCAAAGAUGCAACGACACGACUCAAAGUGGAACAAAGUGAAAAAGGCUUUUCUAACCAACACAACAUCCGUUCCGCCAAGUCCAAGCAAAAUUGCAUCGUUCUUUGACGAAGCGGAUGGUUUGGAGAGCUACAACGCCAGUGCUGAGAAUUUGGAGAACGAUAUGACGAAUUCUAAUAUUCAGGCUGAGAUACAACGGAACUACCAACUGCUUCAUGAUAAACUGAGUGCCGAAUUUUAUCGAAAGCUCACAGAAUGGGAGAAGCUAAAGGCGAGUUCGCAUAGCAGCAAUUUACAACCGGUAUCACCGAGUCAUGAUCUAAGCCCACGUGGGCUAGGGUCGUCAGCACGAGAACGAGAUUCUGCAAAUUUGCAAUUAUUGGGCGAGGAGCAACUUACUCCGGAAUUUAAGAAAAAAUUGCAAGAGUGGAAACGAAUUAAAAAAAGUCCUCACAGUCCUAUCAGCAGUGAACAACAAGCUGGUCGAAGACGUAUUACCGAUUGGCAAUUGUGGCGCUCGACUUCGAAACCGGAAACGAAGUCUGAAGGUGAGCAUAAUAAGCCACACUUGUCGGAAGACUUCAUUAAGAAGAUGGAAGAAUGGAAGAAGAUAAAAGCAGGUCGUGUUGAGGAUGAUAUGGACUCAGGGACUUCGCCCGGAAGUGGCACUACCAAGCUUGGGAAAAGCUGGAAGACACCGGAAGACAAGGAGUUUCAGUUACUGGAAAGAGAAUGGAGUAAAAUUGAAAGGGAGUAUCAUAAAUUUGAGAGACAAAAAGAAAAGUUACUGGAUAGAGAAGCCAGAUUAUCCAAACUAAGACGUGUGGUUGGUUCGUCGCCGCAAAAGAAAGAAGUAUUGGUACAUACGUCAACAGGAUUUUAUCGUUUUGAAGGGAUAUCACGUAAAUUUACAAGGAAACUUUAUGAAUGGGAAAAGAGUCAGGGUAUCUCACCUGAAUCAUCAACCUUCCGUCUUCUAAAUCCAGAUUACAGAGGACCCAUAGGAGUGAUGACAGUUAACGCUACUCACGAUAGAGUCUCGCGUUUGCCAUUAACAAGAUCAAAAUCUGUGGGCAGCGUAGUAGAAGGAAGUCAACGUGAUGAAACACCCAUUCGACAACCUUCAAGUUUGUCAUUAAAUGACAUGGAGGAAUUAGAAGCAGAAUGCAUGGCUGUUGAUUCUCGAAUGUGUUCGGAUUCAAUGAUUGCAGAAGAGAAUGCUGAAGAUAUUGCACUUGACGAUUCUGAACCGGAAGCUAUGAUAGUUGAUAUUGAAGACGUCAUUGAAGAGACUGCUAGUCCAAUGGUUGAACUUCGACCUCAUCAAACUCCGAUAUAUUGUGUAGCUGCUAGUGAAACGACCAGUAUCGCUGUUCCUUUAGGUACAGUUACUUCCAGCCACGAGCCGUCACCAGUCAUUUUGGUUGAAGCUGGUGAAGUUCAUCCUAUGGCUGCACGAGCAACGCUCAAAGGAUGCAAAGAAGAAGGUCUUGUCACGUUGGAUUCCAUCACGACGCCAGACAACAAGGAAGCUGAUGUUGUGCUGGAUGUGGCGACUAAAAAAAAUAUUCAUCAAACUGUAUUCGUAUCAUCUAGAUCUAAAGAAGAUGACGGUGGAUAUGGUGACCCAAAUGGACGUCAGGAAUUCUUGACAAUUUUUAAAGAGAUUGAAAAUAAUGUGGAAAAAUUAGGAAAAAUUCGUCGAGCAACCGUAGAACGCGCUUGUAUGUCUUCAAAAACGGAUGAGACUGCCGGACGAGCUAGCGAGGUCGGGACAGGAAGUGCGGAAGAGGAUUUCGCGAUGGAGAGGAAGUUAAAGAAAAACAACAAGAUCGUAUUUUCCAGUGAAACAAAAAUGUUUCAGAAAUCUUUCGAAUGUACCUUAGAGCAACAAAAGGAUUUGUGCAGUAAUUUGAUUAAGAAAAUUAACGAAGCCAAAGAUAUGGACGAAAACCGAAAAAGGAGUUUACUUCGUCUGAUAAAGAAAUUGGAGUCCACAUUCACGUAUCGGUACAAUCAGUGCCUGCAGGAUAAUGCAGAUGCAUUUUGUACUAGCCGAGAGAAAAGGACGCCAACUAUUUCAGAUCAUCACCGUCAGAGCGCGCAGAUGUUACUCUCCAGCAUAAGAGAUGCUGUUACAGGUAUCUAUGAACCAGGAGAAGAAAACUUUUCACAAGGUAAACUCGAGAAAACUGAAAGCGACUGUUCCCCGAUGAAAAUUGAUGCUGCGCCAGCAAGGCUGAAGGAACAUGAAAACGAAGCAUCAAAAUUACAAGAAAAAAAAGAAAGACCACACGUCAGUCCUUUAUCUUCUGCCAUAAGAAAUGUUGACGAUUGGGAGAACAGUGAGACUUCAGAUGCAAAUGAAAAAAUGCAAAUUACCGGAAGGAAGAGCAGCACGGAAGACGAAGAUGUCGUUAUCACUGUCGAUAAGGAUACCCGACAAAGGAAAAUAUUAAAAACCCGUCGAUUAACAGAUACACAAGUAGGUUAUAAAUGGCGACCAGUGGAAGCGGAAGAUUCCAGUGUUCCAGCUGACAUUUGUGAAGAGGCAACAAGAGUGAAGACAACGCCAUUAACAGUUUCUGCAUUUCGAGAAACUCCUAACGUGGAGAGAAUAAGAAUAAAUGAGAAUACCUUGAACAAAAUAGUAGUUCGUACAGCAAAUAAUGAAUCGUGUUCACAAGAAACGUCAUCAGCCCAUUCGUCAAAUCGCAACAGUGGAAAUUUCUCAGAUACACAAGAAUCGUCAGUAAAAAAAGAUAAGAUCGGAGCACGCAGCGUCUUCGUGAAGACGAAACGCAUGAUCUUCUCACCCUUCAGAAGGGACAGCAGAGGGAAAGCUGCGGGAUGCAAUUCCAGCGAGGUCGAAGGUGACGGUAAAAGUCAAACAGGUGUUCCGGUCAGUGCAUCCAACCAAACAGCAAAUACUGAGCAGUUUGGUGCGCAGGCUUUGAUGCGUUUACAUAACAGCAGAUCAAAUUCGGCGUCACCCAGUAUGCAAGACAGAAGAAAACAUGAAGUGGAUUCAAAAAGGCCGCCAUUGCCCCAGUCGCCUAUACUCUCAAGAAAAGAAUAUCGCAAAUCAUCGCCCAAGGAAACAUCGCCGAGUAUUCGUAUGAUGAUACAAAGAUAUAAUCAAAAGUUAGAGGACGCCGGAAGUCCAGCCAGUAGCGGAAGUGGAUCACCGAUAUGGCGUUCACCUUCGAGCGAAAGAAGAGUGCGCACGCAGAUGGAAAGGUAUCAAGAGGAAGUAAGAAAAGCAAUAGCAGGUCCUCACAAGCAUGACGUUCAAAAAAGUGCCAGCACCAGUAUAAUAAGGGAAGAUGUCAGGUUCACAUCAGCUUCCGGUUCCGGUGAACGUACACAUCGUACACGUGAGAUUCUCAAAAGUACAAGUGCAGGCUUCAUAGGUACUCGAUCUCUUCCAAGUACUGAUAAAAGACGUGAAAAUUAUUCUAAAAUGGAUAACAAGAAAAUGGAUCAAUUGUUAGUUAAUCGAGGAUCUAAUGAUAAAAUAUCACCAGCACUUAUUCAUAAACUUACUGCACUUUCAACUGCAGUUGCACGAAAGGAAGGUCGAUGUCUGUCACGUUCAUCAUCUUCGGAGCAAUCAACACUGAUACGCAGACCUGACUCUAGCAGUAUUCCCGAAGAUGAUCAACCAGCUUCGAAGUUACGUGCUCUCAGGAUCCAGAGAGCUAAGGAAGAUUUUUUAUCUCGUGGUCCAGGCUGCUAUUCCCACGAUCCAAGGAUCGAUCGUCUCGGCGAUGUCGCCUGUGGCUCCAGGGCCGAAUCUGAUCUUAAUGUAGCGACUGGGAUACUCAGGACGGAUCUUAUAAAAUCGGCAAGUGCUGGAAUGAUAAACGUAGAUCCCGACACGUACGAACGGCUGUCGUUGAGUCGAGGCUGUGAAUCUUUGCCGCGAUCGGCAAAGAGAUGCCGCGAAUCAAGCGGUCGAUUCAGCCAGAUUGCUAAUAAAUUCAGGCGAGCGCGCAUGAGGCGUGGGAAGGAUAAGGAAAGUAAGAUGAGUACCGUUUCCAUGCUUUGCAGACAGAGUCUGCUGGUUGAUAUUCAAGAUGGCGGUACAUCAAAAAGUUGUCCCUCUACGCCUGCACCACAGAGAGAUGAUGAGGAUUAUGCUUGGCUUAAGAAACACCGUGAAAGUGGUUAAAAGAAGAGCCUUCAGUCAUCUCGAACAAUCCAAGAAAUAGAUUAAAAUUUGGUCUCCCAGUGAACAUGUGCAAUUUUUAAAACUCAAACUGUUGACUGUUUUUUAAAAAAUCCAAAUUUUACAGAAUAAUAAGCUUUUGAUUAGAUAUUACCGUUCACAGUGUAUGAACAUAAAUAUUCUUUAGGAGAACCACAUAUCCUAGGUUACUGAUAAGAAUUAAAGUACGAUAAAAAAGUCCUAAGUACAUUCAAUAAUUUCAGUACUAUAUGUUUACAUGUCGCAAUCUAAUCGUCCCGUAACACUAAGUAUUUAAUAUCUAAUUAAAUCGCCAUAGUUGUAACAAUAAAAUCAAUUUUUAUUUA